UGUACUUGAUUACCUAUUAAGUGGUUAUAACUUAUUAACUUAAAUUAUUGAAAAUAAUAUUGUACGCCAACUUAAUUUAGUAGUAAUUAAUUAAUUAAAUGAAAAUGUAUGAAUUAUAUGUUAAGUUAAUAUCUCUUUCAGCAGGAUGUGCAUCAUCUAUGUUAAUGUUAACACCUUUAUUAGUAUGUAGAGAUAUAAUUCAAAAGAAAUCAUCUGACCAUGUAAAAGUUGGUACAUUUACAGGAGCCUUUUUUAGGAGUUCCUUAUUUUUUCGGCAAGGUCAACUUCUUAAUUUACAAACAGUAAUGUAUGUUCAUGGAAUGGGUCUAAUACUCAAUUUUUUAUACAUAUCGCUCUACUAUUUUUACUCGAGUAAAAAGAAUGAAGUUAUUAAAAAUGUUUUUAAUAUCAUAAGCAUAAGUUUUAUUUUAAUAUUAUACUCUGUAUUUGAAUCAAAAGAAGUAGUUUCAAUUCGUUAUCCAUCUAUAGUAUCAGUUAUUCACAUAUUGAUUAUUGCUUGGCCUUUAUUAUCAUUGAGAGAGACAUUUAGAACUAAGUGUUGGUUGGGACAUCCAAAGCCCAUUAUAAUAAACGGUACAAUAGUGAGUGUUUUGUGGUUUUUAUACAGCAUCAAUGUUAAAAACAAAAUUAUGUUUAUUCAAUGUUUCAUAUCAACAAUUCUCUGCUCAGCUCAGUUGGUUUUAUUGUCAAUUUAUCCAACUGAUGUUCCCAAAAAGAGUGAAAAAGAAGAAUAACAAUCAAUAUAUAAUUUGUACAAUUUUUUGUGAUCAUUUUAUUGUUUUUUUUUUUUUGUGUAGUAAAACAAAUGUUUGAACAAUUAUAAAGUGUUUUUUUUUCAACAAGUAUAAUUUUAUUGAUCAAAAUAAUUUAUUGUUAAAAAAAAAAAAAAAAAAA